AUGGACCAAGACCGGCGCCGCAAUGGCAGUACUCCUGACAUCUUGCCGAUGCCGGGUGCGUACGUGUCAGGAGAGGCGCCGCCGUCACCGGGCUCGUCCUCGUCGUCGCAGAAUCGGGAGCCGAUGAUGUCGCUCGACGUGCCCCCUAGCGAUCACGCCGACCGGACGCUUUCGCGGGAGCAGGCGUGCGGGCUCUCCAUCUCCCUCUCGACGGGCACGAACGACUCGACGUCGACUCGAUUACGAACUCCGACGACGCCGAUUCUGACGUUGACGUCGGACUCGGGAUACUCCGACUCGCCAGUGACCUUCCUCCCGCAGCAGUCGGUCGCCGGCUGGGUCAACUCGCACAAGUCCUUUAAGCCGUUUCCACCAGAAUCGUACCAGACGGGACCCGGAGAGCCAUCCUCAUCCGCAAACACGAUAGAGGGCUCUGUUCCGAAACGGCGGCCGAGCCCGCUCAACCUGAAGAAGAAGGAGUUGAUCGAGGAUGAAGCGGCCCCGUUGACGGGAAUGUCUGCUGGAAGUGCAUGCAGCACCACUAGCACGGAACUGCUCGAGUUACGCCAGUCCAUGCAGAAGAACCUGAAGGAGCGACCCAUUCCGUUGGAAAACAUGGACUGGGAAUCAGACAAGGGAUCUGCACCGCCAUCUCCGUCCCACAACAAUACGGUCAUCGGCCCGGAUGAGACAAUCGCGCUUGCGUCCUCGUCUUCUAGUUUGCUCAUCAUCGACACACGACCACUUGACGACUUUCUCGUCGCUCAUCUCCCGCGGACAGCACACGUCUCCAUCCCGUCUCUCAUCUUCAACCGACUACGGAAACACCUCUCAGCGAACAAGCCCAUCAGCUGGGCGUCCGUCGGGUCCUUCGUUUCGACACCAGCUGGUCGACGGGAGUGGGACAGUGCCGACAUUGACUCGCAGAUGGACGUCGUCGUGGUCGGUACAGACGGUGAAGACGUCGACAAGCCUCGGAUAUUGGUCGACGUGCUGACCCCGCUGGUGAGGGAGGGACGAGUGCGGAUGCUGGAUGGCGGUUGGAGGUCCAUCGCGGACCAGGCUCAGGCGGCGAACAUGACGGUUUCGUCAGACCCAGAGGAGGCAGCUGAACCGUUACCGUCACCUGGACCUCCUACCGGCGUCGCCCCACCAGCUAGCAAUUCUGCGCCGUCGACGUUGCUCAUUCCUCCAUCAUCAGCAAACGCCCCCGCCCCAAGUCAAACGGGGAUACCGAAUCCUUCCAUGUCUCUGAGCCCCAUCGGGAGGAACCUCCCGAGCUUGACACUGGAUACAGGGAUGAAGUCACCGCGGCCACCGAAGCUGUGUAUCAACCUCGACCGGACUGCGAUGAGCGCGACGUUACCCAAGCGGGCGAAGCCAUCGCGCGGGUCCCGACCAAAGCUGUCCACCUUGACAAUAAACGUCGGGGACUCGAACAAGCUCGGGGUCGGUGGAGGUCCCCACAGCGCCUUCCCCUCCGGCGGUAGCGGCAGUGGCUUCCUCAGUGCCCGAUCGAACCGGAGCAUGGGGGACCAGCAGACGCCCCUGACGAGUUCGCUUCAGCCACCUGUGGGCUCACCGUGGACGGGAGUGUCCACCUCAUCCGCCGGGUCGUCUUCGUACGGCACACCUCUCUCUGGCGGCACAAUUGGAGUGGGGAUGACGCCGUCUGUGCUGCCGCCAGCGCCCAAGUCGCCAGCACCGCUCGAGGUGUCUACCAUCCUUCCCUCGUUCCUGUUCCUCGGACCUGAGAUCACGACCCGAAAAGAUGUGGACGCUCUGUUAUCUUUAGGCAUCCGGCGAAUUCUGAAUGUGGCGUUUGAGUGCGACGACGAUGAAGGCUUAGGGCUGAAGACGUCGUUCGAGCGAUACUACCGGAUACCGAUGAAGGACAGUGUGGAGGCGUCGGGCGUCGGGCAAGGCAUCAAGGAUGCGAUCAACAUCCUGGACGACGCCCGUCUGCACUCUGCGCCAGUGUACGUGCACUGCAAGGCGGGCAAGUCGCGAAGUGUGACGGUCGUGCUGGCGUACCUGAUCCAUGCGAACGCAUGGACCCUCAAGACGUCGUAUGCCUACGUCGCCGAGCGACGGCAUGGGAUCAGUCCCAACAUCGGCUUUGUCGCUGAGCUCAUACUAUUUGAGGAGCAGGAGCUCGGUCGCAAGGCGACCGUAACAGCGGCGGAGAAGAAAGACGACAUCGUCGCGCGCGAGCCCCGUCUCGGGCCGCGGUACACGCGCGAGUCGCUCCCACCAGAGUGGGCGAUGAAUUAUGGCGCCGCGCUCGUCGAGCCCGUCGUGGAAGAACCAGAGGGCACGCCCGAGGCACGACAUCGCCGGCCGAGCACGGCCGCCGGCGCCGAGAUCGAGGUGCGCAAGAACGGCCAGUGGGUGCACCACCGCCGUCCCCCCGUCGACAAGGACACGCUGCAGCCCGGCCGCCGGGUCAGCAAGGCCGGUCUCGAGAGUAUGGCAAUCUGCCAGCUCCGCCCAGCGACGCCUCAGAAUGAGGACCUCGUGCCACAGUAUUAA